CACCAUCUCCCCCGUUCUGUGUGUCUCUGUUACAAAAUAUUUUGGUACAGUUGUCUCUCUUCUUUUGUUGUGUGGAGGAAACUGAAGGGGAGGAGGCUCAACUGACUCAAAACAUCGGAACCCUCCUGAGAAGAGACCAAGGAAGCAAGGAAGGAAACAAUGGCUCUCAAACUCAACGCCUUCACUAUUCAAUCCCCCAGGUUUGCUCUUCCCCAGAUGGCCAGCCUCAGAUCUCCCAAGUUCUCGAUGGCCUCCACUCUCCGCUCUGGCUCCAAGGAGGUUGAGAAUCUGAAGAAGCCUUUUACGCCUCCUCGGGAGGUGCAUGUUCAAGUAACCCAUUCCAUGCCACCUCAAAAGAUUGAGAUCUUCAAAUCCAUUGAGGGUUGGGCUGAGGAGAACAUCUUAGUUCACCUAAAGCCAGUUGAAAAGUGCUGGCAACCCCAGGAUUUUUUGCCAGAUCCUGCAUCUGAUGGAUUUGAGGAACAAGUUAAGGAACUACGGGAGAGGGCAAAGGAGAUUCCAGAUGAAUACUUUGUUGUUUUGGUCGGAGAUAUGAUUACUGAAGAAGCCCUUCCAACUUAUCAAACAAUGCUUAAUACGUUGGAUGGAGUUCGGGAUGAAACAGGUGCAAGCCCAACUCCUUGGGCAGUUUGGACAAGGGCAUGGACAGCUGAAGAGAACAGGCACGGUGACCUUCUCAAUAAGUAUCUCUACCUCUCUGGCCGAGUAGACAUGAGGCAAAUUGAAAAGACGAUUCAGUAUUUGAUUGGGUCUGGAAUGGAUCCGCGUACGGAGAACAGUCCUUACCUUGGGUUCAUUUAUACAUCAUUCCAGGAGAGGGCUACCUUCAUUUCUCAUGGAAAUACUGCCAGGCAUGCCAAGGAGUAUGGGGAUUUGAAGUUGGCUCAAAUAUGUGGCACAAUAGCCUCAGAUGAAAAGCGCCAUGAGACUGCAUAUACUAAGAUUGUGGAAAAGCUCUUUGAGAUUGAUCCUGAUGGAACUGUCACAUCUUUUGCUGACAUGAUGAAGAAGAAGAUCGCUAUGCCAGCUCACUUGAUGUAUGAUGGCCGUGAUGACAAACUUUUUGAGCACUUCUCAGCUGUUGCACAGCGUCUUGGUGUCUAUACGGCCAAGGACUAUGCAGAUAUAUUGGAGUUCUUGGUGGGCAGGUGGAAGGUGCAGGACCUGACUGGACUUUCAGGUGAGGGUCGCAAGGCUCAAGAGUAUCUGUGUGGGUUAGCCCCAAGAAUUAGAAGACUAGAGGACAGAGCUCAAGCAAGGGCUAAGCAAGGACCUGCCAUACCCUUCAGUUGGAUCUUUGAUAGAAAUGUGGGACUGUGAGUGCAGACUCACAAUUCUAGCAAGUCUCUUCUCGCACAAUCAAUGGGGAUAGUAUUUUUUGUACUUGCAUCUUGUUUAAAACAUCCAGUUGAUUAGACCUUCUGUGUAAUGAGUGAACUUUGGUUGGUUGUAGAUACAGUCGUUUCUUGUGUUGGUGGCGUAUGUCAUUAGAUAAGAAGGUAGGAGUAGCUGGUGUUUCGGUGUUUUGUUCUUCUGAAUGGUAUCUUGUACGAGUCUACUUUGUUCUUCCGUAGCAUGUCUGGUGUGGUGUAAUAGAAUAAUCAUUAUGGCAAUUUUGAUGAUCUCGAUGUUAUCAAUCUCUAGUUAUAAAUAACGUUUCUUUUGGUU